UCAUUUUGAUUUAUUUGCUUUUAUCUGUUUAUGCAUUUGCCUUUUUAUAUAUUCCACAACAUUAGUGGAAUUGAGAUCUCAGAGGGAGAGCUCAGUGGUCAGAACUUGGAUUUGUUCCCCAAUGGUCAUCAGUUCGAGUUCUUUCAGGGCCACUGAGGUGAGUACUGACUAUAAAUUUCAUGGCCUCGUGGGAUUAGUCGAGUUGCGAGCCUAGAUAGCCAUGGUUAUCAAAAAACAAAAUUAGUGGAAUUGAGCAAAUUUGUUUACUUGUUAAUGAUUUUGAAAAGUUCAACUAGAUUACAAGUAUGGUCAUAUUAAGUUGAGAUCUAUGUAGUUAUUUAUGAUAUUUUACCUUCAUAUGUGUGGCUUUGCACGCAUAUGAUGGUAGCUAAAUAGUUGAAAAAAUAAUAGCUUGCUUUUUAAUGGUUUAAGGGGAUUUGGAUUGAAGUAAUGGAGGUGGCUACAGAACAAAAGACAAGUGUUCCAGUGUUGCCAUGGAUGAGAAAUUCAAUUGAUAUUAGCCUCUACGAAGAUUUUUCGCUUAAUUUCCUCCCCUUUUUUGGACCCAAAGUAAUAUAUGUUCAACGAUGGUACUAUGUGCAAUCGGACAAUGUAUUUAUUUUAUUUUCCCUAUAUUUUUUUGUUUGUUGUCCAAUUUCUCUUUCUCCCCUAUCACCCUCCUUUCUUUUCUUAUUUUAAUUGUAUUCAUUUUUGAGUGAUACUACUUGUACCUAAUUUUGUGCACAUAAGGGUGUCCAUAUACACAUGAAAUGGCCGGGUAGGGCCAUCGAACAUUUUAUUCAAGUGGGCCUCACCUCAUGUGAGGGUGGUGGACACCUUUAUGUACACAAAAUUAUGUACAAGUAAAUUUAUCCUUCAUUUUCAGGUUAGAUGCAGCUUUAUGUAACAUGGGUAUUACUUCACUCUUUCUUGUGCAAGUUGCAAUCUGGCAGGAGACAAUUGGAACUGGUUCUUUUGAAUAUGAUCUUUGUAUAAAUUCACCUAUGGGGAGUGGAAAAACUCUUGCUUAUGCUUUACUAAUUGUGCAAACGUUGUCAACUCGUACGAUAAAAUGUCUCCAUGCUUUGGUAGUAUUGUCCACUCAUGACUUGCCUAUGCAGGUCAAGAAAGUCUUUGCUUCCCUAGCUCCUGCAGUGGACUUGUCUGUGGGUUUGACUGUUGGUCAGUCUUCAAUGAUCGAUGAAAUUUUAGUGCUCAUCAAGAAAGCUAAACCAUAGGCCGAUAUCUGUUUUGACUCAAGAAGAUUUCUUUUUGGGCUUGAGAAGUUUAGUGGACAUACUGGUAGCAACACCAGAAAGGCUAAUGGACAAUAUUUACAAUAUGACAAAUCGAACUUGACAAUCUUUGUUAUCUUGUAAGCAGGAGAUUGACUUUAUGACGUGAA